AGGCAAUAAACACACUUUCAUGUAGAAGGAAACGCCUGACAGUCAACAUGGCGCCCAAGCAGCGGCCUCAGCGCGCCGCGAGAUCGGGCUCCAACGCGGCACCAGUGCGUCUCUUGAACCGCCGAGAAGGUUCGCAGUCGCUACUGCUGUCGACGCAGACGAUGUCAUCUUCAACUAGCAGGAGGAAGAGCCCCACGCCCCCCAAAGCGCUAUACCGCCCCAAGUCGCGUGACGACAUCACUUGCAAGACGCCGCCAGCGCUACCGCCCGCGCCGCCUCCAGUGUCAGAACCUCCUCGCCACCAUAUAGGAGAUGCUUCAGUGCUGCUACAGAGGCUCAAUGCAUUGGAAAAGCUGCUCAAGACCGGGAGGCAAGCGAUGGGAGAAAAUUAUAAGGAAAAUGAGAUACUUAUGUUACUGUGAUAAUUGUAGUGACGAUCAGGACGAGCUUGAGUCGGCGUGUUCAGGGCUGCGAUGCACGUGUGUGGAGCUAAUCAAAGCGUACCCGAAGACAGCCAAGAAAUUGAACAUCAACGAGAAACUGUGGAGAAGCUGGUACCGUGAGAUUGAGGGUCAGUCGUCGGUCUUAAAAGAGUGCACGGCAUUCUACUCGAGUCUAGUGGACGGUCUGCAGAGCUCACUGCGAAGACGGGGCCGCCUGCCAGAACACUUGGAUGGACUGAAGCACUCGCUGCAACAGUCACUAAUUGCUCUGGGAGACGUGGCGAGAUAUGAGCAGAAUCAACUCGAGAAAGAACGUCGCGACUGGAAUGAGGCUCGGAACUAUUACCAGCAGGCUUUGGAAGUGGCCCCGUCGAACGGAAAGGUGUACAACCAGCUAGGAUUGCUCGCUGUGCUUGAGGGAAAGCUGUUGGAUGGAGCAUACAUGUACGCACGCAGUCUCACGUGCGACAAUCCUUUUGGCAAUGCUGGCAAUUUGCUUCACGUUUUGAAGCGGGGAAAGAAUGCAGCGAAGCAACGUCAGACCCAACAGGAAACACCAGGAAAGUCUACCUGUGAGGCGAUGGAGACGUACGCGACACGUGUGAUUUCGUGUCUGUACAUGGCUCAGACUGGAGAAGGGUCCAAGACAGAGUUGGACGCCGCCUUGGAACGCAUGCAAUCUGCUCUUGUUAGUUUACUGGAUGUCUGCGAUCAACAAGACGAGGCCACGCCGAUUGAUGGUUCUCUGCUAGAAGCUUUAUCCAGGACGCUGAUCCAAACUGUGUGCUUGUUGAUCGUGCUCAUUCACUAUAACGUCGAGAAAACGAGCCACCAAGCAUUCAACAAUGGAACGAAGAGGGCUUUGACAGUCAGCACUAUGACGGCGUCCAGUCUGUUGUCGAAGCUCACUGCAGUGUUGUCUGCUUCAGCGGAAUCUACUCGCACCAAGUAUUUCACCAAUGCUCUAUUGCCAGCGCUGAAUAUUUACCUGGAUUGGCUUCAACUGCAUGAGGCAAGAUUGUCUUCAAAAACUCUUCAGAAAGAAUGCGUGUUGUUGUUCCACAUCUUGUCAGCGAAUGGGUUCAUUGAGCGCGGCUUAUACUGCGCACAAAAGCGUGAAGGUGAUUUAUCCAACGCCACAUUACCAGAAGAUCGCGAAUUGAACGGGUUUUUGCUUUUGGAGAAGGCUCUACAGGCUCGAUUCCCAGAAGAACUCACUCCAGAGAAGAAAUUUUCUCGACAACUGACAGAGGAGGAGCGUCUGGUGCUGCGUGCGACGCGAUUCAUGGCUUUGAGUGAGAGAUUUGUGUUUGGAAAAGCUCCAGCCCCGAUAACUUUUGUGCCGACUGGAGCUUCUCAUGAGCCUCGUGACUCCAAAACUGGACGAAAUUCGUCAUCAAAAGCAACAAAGACGACUGCUAGAGUGGAUCCCCUUGCGAUUGAUCCUGUCGUCACAGGUCGCCUGUGCAUCUUGUGCAGCAAUACGAGCACGUUCCCAGAUGGAGAAUGCGAGUUUUGUGGAUACGAAGACGACGUUGACGCCACUUCAGACAACGAAAAGGAUCCUGUGCAGCAACCUUUGUGGAUCCAAGAGUACGACUUGGCAUACAACAACGAAUUUAGUCCGAAAAAGAGUACGACAUCGCCUCGUUCUUCGCCCGCUCGUCGCAUAGACUCCAAUUCUUCUACCUCCUCCACCCUCGCUUCUUCUCCUCAGUCUGACUCACCGCCGUCACCACCGCAGACACUCGAAGCUGACUUCAAGACUAUCAUGUCCAUUGGUGCUGAGCAUGCUGACUUCCAAGACAGUUUGAGCGCUGACAAGACCCAACGCUUGAUUGUGAUCGACGCCCCUAAUGUUGCAAUGCGCCAUGGCAAGGGCAAGGUCUUCUCGUGUGCUGGGAUCGAGCUAGCUGUCAACUACUUUCAAGCGCUGGGACACCGUGUAGUCGCGUUCAUUCCUGACUACAUGCUCCAGUCCGAUGAAGAGCGUCGCGAACGCGAAGAACAAGGCGAGGUCCUCACCGCCUCGAAAAUCCCUGACGAUGUUGCGUUGCUGGAGCAUUUGAUGCACAAGGGUGUGCUCAUCCCCACGCCACCACAAGACUAUGAUGACUCGUACUCUAUCCAGUACGCUGGCCUACACAACGGCUAUGUCGUGACGAACGACUUGUUCCGAGACCACAUCGUCAAUAUGGUGGGGCCUCGAGAGCGCAAGGUGGCCAUGCGUGUGUGGCUGAGAGCCCACCAAAUCUCCUACUCGUGGGUGCGAAACGAGUUUCUGCCGAAUCCAAACUUCAGGUACGAGCGAGCAUGACGUUGAUCUUGCUCUAUUACAACUGGACGAUCUUACCCAUUUGAUGUUCAUUUGGUACAUCGUAGAUUUCCCGAGACUGCAGAUGGGGCUUUCUGAUCGAUUGACCCCCAUCUCUGCGGUAAUUCACGAACACGCCAAAUUGGGUUUGAGACGAGCCACUGGAUCUCUUCAAGGUGAGAGGAGAGGCAGCGAACGUCUGCCUGUGUGGAUAUCUGCUUUAAAAGGUAAGGCGAGUUAAAGCUCAGGAUCAUUUUUUGGAAUUCUCUCCCUAUCGUUUGAUAGCGCGGCAAACCCAUUUACCAACCGACGAAGUCCUCUGGCUACUGUACAUGUACUCCGAAGUACCUGUUAACAGCGGGGCGUCGGCCCCAGACACUCAUACCUGCACUUUAGUUGAGUCUAUCAUCAAUUGACAUUAGUCAGGACGUUUAACUGCAUAAAUACACUCCAGCACUUGAAUAUGAACAAUGC